GCGAUCGGUGGUGCGAUGUGUCCCACGGACACAGCGGAUCACUGAUGACGGAAAGAGCCGAAGAUGUCGGCUCAGUCAUUGCCACCUGUCAGUGUCCAUCAAUGCCUUGUGUCAGUGCUCAUCAGUGCCUCGUGCCAGUGACAAUCAGUGCCACAAAUCAGUGACUACCAGUGCACAUCAAUGCCACAUAUCAGUGCCCAUCUGAGCUGUCUUUCAGUGUCACCCAUCAGUGCCAGUCAGUGGCACCUAUCAAUGCCAAUCAGUGCCACCUAUCAGUGCUGCCUAUCAGUGCCACCUAUCAAUGCCAAUCAGUGCCGCCUAUCAGUGCCGCCAGUCAGUGCCGCCUAUCAGAGCCAGUCAGUGCCGCCUAACAGUGCCAUGUAUCAGUGCUGCCUUUCAGUGCCCAUCAGUGAUGCCUGUCAAUGCCCAUCAGUGCCACCUACCAGUGCCUCCUCAUCAGUGCCACCUAUCAGUGUCCAUCAG